CAAAAACAACGUCGCAGCAUUAGGACGCCGUGAGAGGCGUGAUGCGCAUGCGUACGGAACCUAUUUAGCCCAGAAAGUUCCUUUCUCUGCCAAGUGAGUGCAUCUUAUACGGUGUAAGAGGAAAGAACACGAGGACCCCUCCUUCUGUGCAACAUGAUAAUUCCGGUCAGAUGCUUUACCUGCGGUAAGGUGGUGGGAAACAAAUGGGAGGCGUACCUGGGUCUGCUACAAGCUGAAUAUACAGAAGGGGACGCCUUAGGAUUGAAACGUUAUUGUUGUCGCCGGAUGCUGCUCUCUCAUGUCGAUAUUAUUGAGAAGCUGCUGAACUACGCACCAUUAGAGAAGUAGCAUCCGACCGGUCAGCACUUUGCUUGUCGACCAUGUAUCUGCUAUGUUUUCGGUUGGUUGCGUCUUAUAUCUUCAGGGCUGUUACAUUGAAUAUUUUAUCAGUAAGUGCAAUGAUUGUAUAAAGUAUUUAUUUGCUGUUUCUCCUAUUGCCUGAAUUCUACAGGUUUGUACUUUAUUUUAGAUUUGAUAACUUAUCCAACCUCAAAAAAUUGAAAGAAGCGCUUCGCUCCCCGGCCGGCUCACAGGAACAUGAAACUACAGCACUGUAGUUUCAUU